GUGGCAGAAGUGCGUAAAAUAGUUUCAGCUGUGCGUAUUAGUCGUACAAAAUUAUUAAAACAUUUGAUUUAAAAAAAAGUUUAUUUAAAUAAAUAAACUUAAUCAUUCAGUUACUGGUAGCUUAAUUUAUCUUUUCUUUAAGUUAAAUGGCGAUACGUACCAAAGAUCAAUUAGCUGUGCUGUUGAAGCUUAUUGAAGUUAACAAGAUUGGUUUAACACGCAGAAACUUAAGUAUCCGGCAAAGAAUAUGGCAGGUUAUAACACAAAAGCUCAACGAAAUGCAAGGUGCCGAGAAGGACGUUGAAGGUUGGAAGCGGAGCUACAAUUCUUGGCGUUUGAAUGCGGGUAAAUAUUACGAAGAAGAAAUUGAACGCAUUAUUAAAGAUGUCGCGGAUGAUGACUAUUUCAUUAUAAAUGUAACAGAAGACGAUAUGUCUAGUGAUACUACUUACGACGAAAGUGCCACUUACUUAGAUCCCAAAGACCGUCAGUUGACGCUUCUGCACGAACUUGUUAGUAAACAGAGGCUCUUAUUUAUCAACACCUCUGAAGAUGACGAACCACUGAGGCAGCGUCUCUGGCAAAAUAUAGCAGACGAAUUGAAUAAUAUACCAGAUGGCGUUAAAUUGCCCAAGGAAGAGUGGCAAAAGCACGUUGAUUUGCGUCAGUAUACUGUAGCGCGUGGGAGAAAAAGAAAACACUUUCGAAAGCCACCAGCAAAAGAGAAAAACGAUGAGCUUGACGGUUCAGAAAAUUCCAAAACACCUGCUUCAUACGAGGGCGCCUACGAAGAGUAUAUAGUUGAAGAUUUCCCCACUACGGACAAACCAUCUACACCAACAGAAGAACCACUUAAGCAAAAGGAUGUGCAUGUUAAUGACGUUUUUGCGGAAAUUGACGAUACUGAUGACAACACUGAUGAUAUUAUUAAUCUACUAAAUGAGCAUGAUGAUAGCAAUAAUGUUAGCGAACAUUUUCCUUUUGAUAUUGAUGAUGUCGAAGGAGACGAUUACCUUGACAAUGCGGAGAGUGUUAAUAACGCAACGGCGGAUUACGACACAAGCAAAGAUAAGCGUGCCAGAGUGACACCAAUAGUUAAAUCUUUUAAGUUUUCAAAUCGUAUAGUAAACGCUGUGGAGCAAUUAAAGGAUGACGUCAAGGAAACUAAAGAUAUGCUAAAACAAACAACAAAUCUGCUGAAUCGUAUGUGCAAUAUUAUGGAAGAACGUAAUAAGAAACAAGAUGAGACAAAUGCGCUGCUGAAGCGGAAUGGGCAAAUGCUGAAAAUAUUGGUGGAAUACAAAUGUGGCAUGCGAAAGGUGAAAAAAUGAGAAAGAGGUUAAGAAGAAAAGUGAAUAUAAUGCAAUCAAUUUUAAAAGGUGUGUAAACUCCAUUGCUACAGUCACAAUUUUUGACUUAAAUGUGUAUUGUAAAUAGCAUUUGAAAAGAGAAAAAAUUAGUUCUAUUAAAAAAAGAAGGGGUUAAGAAGAAAAUAAUGCAAUCAAUUUUCAAAAGCCAUUGCUACAGUCACGAUUUUUGACUUAAAAAUGAAUUUUGUCGUUUCACUUAUUUGCAUUGCUGAUUAAAAACAAAUUUCCUCAUUUUUAUGUAAGUAUGUAUAUAUAUUAUUUUUUGUAUAUUUCCAUUGCUGCUCUGUAUUUAAAUUUACGAAAUCAACGCUGAUUCCGCUAACAAACUCCUAGUUUUUGCAUUUUUUAUGCUUUAGUACAUUUAAAUGUAUUAAAUUUAUGCAAUUUGUAAUUUAAUAUCAUGAAGUCAUAAUUUGAUGUAAUAUUUAUUAUGUUUAGGCAUUACACUACAUAUAUAGUUAUAACAGUUUCAUCAGUAGGACAUAUACUUAUAUACAUAUGUAUGUAUAUGUAAACUGUAUUUAUUGUUUGUAAACGAUUUCCUUUGUUUGUUUUAAGAUUUAAAAAUUUAUACAUAUGUAUGUAUGCAUAAUUAUAUAUUUUGCUUAAAUAUUCACUGCUAAAUAUUUUUAUUAAUUAAAUUCUUUUUUUUUUUUAUAAAUAAUGCUCACAGAGUUCUUCUGCCUUAUCGCUUGUGUAUAUAAUUUAUAAAUGACUAGUAAAACAACCACAUGCGUCGAACACGCAAUUGAAAAGUACAUAUUAUAAGUAAAUAAUGUCUAGGUAGUCAAUUAUUUUGCAUUGUAGCUCACUUAUUGUAGUAAUUAAGGUAUACUUUAUAUUUUAAUUCAAUUUUGUACGCAUAAAAAUAGCUUUAUUAGCUUUAUGUACGCACAAACUUACAACGCUUAUGCUUAGUGGCGCUUAAACUAUGCUUCCAGCAUAAAUAUGCGUUCACACAUAUAAAUUUAGUUAAUAAAAAGUCACAUUUUGUGAAUUUGUUGUGUCAAUUUGUAAAAUUAGAUAAAGAAAAUACACAAAAAAUUGUAAAUUAGCGCUGAAAAAGCUUAUGUUUUUUGUAGCUUGUUGUAGCGAAGUUUUUUUAGUUUUUAUGCCAAUAAUUAGACAUAUACCAUAUAUGAAAUUACAAUUGUUGAUCUCUGUAAAUAAUUUUUAAGCUUAGUUCAAGCAGUUGUAUGCAAAUUAUUUUAUUAUUUAACUGAAAAUGCAUUUAUCACUUCACGCUCUACUUAAAAAAUUGCAUUAAUUUGUUUAAUUAAUUAAUUUAAUCUUUUAAAUAAAUACUUAUUGCUAUAAAGUACACAAUUUUGUAAUUACGUAAGAAUAUUGUACUGUAAAUGCAACUGUGUUACAAAAAAAAAAAUAAUUAAAGAAAUUUGAAUUCAUACAA